AUGUCCUACCCCGGCACCCUCCACCAUUACGGCAGUAACCUCACUGCAUUCGAGUUUGGCAACGCUAGCCCCUCCAACACCAAAGUAGUGCUUUUUGUUGCAGGAUUGGGCGAUGGCCUUCUCAACGUUCCUUACACUGCCCAAUUGGCCGCCAAAUUGGCCGUCCACGGAUGGUCGCUCGUGCAGAUCCUCAUCAGCUCCUCUUACAACGGCUACGGGACCUCCUCGUUGAAGAACGACGCCCGUGAAAUUAGCCAAUUGGUAAAGUACCUCCGAUCGGCCCCUGGCGGCAACAGGUCCCACGUCGUGCUCUUGGGCCAUCUGACUGGGUGCCAGGACACUAUGGAAUACUUGAGUAAGGCAUCGCGUCAGCCAGGAUUCGAUGCCCCAGUUGAUGCAGGCAUUUUACAGGCUCCGGUGUCCGACUACGAAGGCAUAGGUGGCCCUAAAUUAAACGCUUUGGCAGAAGAAGUAUACCAGGACUAUAUCUUGAAGGGCAACCUGGACCAUAUUUUGCCUGAAAAAUUCAGGAAAGCGGUUUUUGGUACUCCAAUCACUGCCUACAGAUUCUACUCGCUAUGCCAUCCUCGUGGCGAUGACGACUACUUCUCUUCAUACUUGACUGAGGCCGACUAUGCUCAGACCUUCGGUGUGGUCAAUAGACCUUUGUUGGUAUUAUAUGGCUCUAAGGAUGAGUUUGUUCCCGCCACUGUCGACAAGGACAAGUUGGUGACCCAUUGGAAACAAGCCACCGAUCCUAAGUACUGGAGUCCUUUGAGUAAAGUAUUGCAAGGAGCAACACAUGCCAUCGACUCUAACUCCGACGAAGGAACCAGAGAAGAUUUCAUCAACACCGUGAUCAAGUUCCUAGCAACAAUUGAAUAG